AUGUUAGAAGAGGAAAUGAAAAAAUGGGCCCCCAUAAGGUUCCCAGCCAUGAGAGGCAGCGUCAGCGCUUACCACCUGAUGGAAACAGGUGUCAUUGACAAGGUCCUGUUUGAGAAGGUGUUGGAGGGAUCUGUCACACCAGAGGAAGUCCUGCACAUGGACUCUGUCAGAAAGUAUCUCUAUGGCUCUGGAAGCAUUGGGGGGAUUGUACUCCAGCCAUCAAACCAAAGGAUAAGCAUUUAUGAGGCCAUGAAGAAAAACAUCAUGGUGCCAGGAGUAGCCCUCCCACUGCUAGAGGCCCAGGCUGCCACAGGCUUCAUCAUUGACCCUGUGAACAACCAGAAACUCUGUGUGGAUGAUGCCAUCAAGGAGGGGGUUGUUGGGCCAGAAGUCCAUGAAAAGCUGCAGCAUGCAGAAGGGGCUGUAACAGGCUAUAAAGAUCCUUUCACAGGGAAGAAGAUACCUCUCUUCCAGGCGAUGAAGAAGGGCCUGAUUGCUGACAAACAGGCCAUGCAGUUGAUGGAGGUGCAGAUGGCUACAGGAGGCAUCAUUGACCCAACAUGUGGCCACUAUAUCCCCAUAGAAUCUGCCCAGAAGCGAGGGUGUCUGGAUGAGGACACAAGCAAGGCCCUUUCUAAGCCCAGUGACACCAUCAGAGCCUUCUGCGUCCCAGAGAGCAAAGAGACCGUGACCUAUGCUGAACUAAUCAAGCGCUGCCAGAAGGAUGAGAUCUCCGGCUUCCACUUGCUGCCUCUGCCACAGACAGCAGCUCCUGCCUACACUGAUGAACAAAUCCAACGGAUUUUUAGGGAGACUGUGGUGAAGGAAAAAGGGGUCUCCCUCUGGGAGCUAAUCCACUCUGGGUAUUUCACUGAGGAGCAGAGGAGUGACUUUGUGGAGAGGUUCCGGUCUGAGGAAAUGUCGCUGCAGCAGCUGGUUGCUCUUGUGCUCAGACUGGUUGGGGAGAUGGAAAUGAAAGCCCACACCCACAUCACCUUGGAAGGCUUGCGGGGCAGUGUCCCUGCAGUCUGGCUGCUGGAUGCUGGCAUUAUUACUGAGAAGACAUUUGAAGAACUGGCUCAGGGCAUAAGAACUCCCGAGGAAGUGGCUGCGAUGGAGGGUGUGAAGAGGUACUUGCAGGGCACAGGCAGCAUCGCCGGGGUAUUCGUAGAGGCAUCCAAAAAGAAGAUGAGCUUUUAUGAUGCCAUGAAAAACAAUCUCCUUCUCCCUGGGGCUGCUCUGAGGCUGCUAGAAGCUCAGGCAGCCACAGGAUACCUAAGUGACCCAGCAACAAACCGGAGACUCAGCGUGAGGGAUGCUGUGAAAGCAGCUGUUGUUGGUGAAGAGCUCACUGAGAAACUCCUUCUAGCUGAGAGGGCAGUGACUGGCUACACAGACCCUUACACGGGGAGCUCCAUCUCACUAUGCCAAGCACUCAGGAAAGAGCUGAUUCCCCUGGGAGAUGCUGUUCCCUUGCUAGAGGCCCAGCUGGCCACAGGAGGGGUCAUUGAUCCCAUUCACCACCAUCACCUUCCACUCCAGGCUGCAUUUAGAUACGGCUUCUAUGACGAGGACCUGAACCAAAUCCUCUCUCAGCUGAAUGACAGCACCAAAAUCUUCUUUGAUCCAAACACAAAGGAGAAUGUGACCUACCAGCAGAUGAAGGACAGGUGCAUUCACGAGGCUGAGUCAGAUCUCUGGCUCCUUCCUCUAUCAGAAAACGCGAUGUUCUGUGUGGAUGAACAAACCAUGGAGGUGCUGAAAUCUGUGACUGUUUGUGUCAACAUAGGGCGGUUCAAAGGACAGACAGUGUCAGUCUGGGACCUUCUCAACUCUGAAUACCUCUCAGACAGCAAGAGAAGAGAGCUAGUGCAAAAGUACAAAGAUGAGAAUACAGAAGUGCUACAUGAAAUCAUAAAAAUUGUCACUACAAUCAUCAAAGAGACUGAGACACAAGGCAAGAAGUUUGCAUUCAAGGGCCUGCGGAAAAGAGUAUCUGCCAGUGACCUCUUCCAGUCUCAACUGAUUGACAAGAAAACCCUUGAUGAGCUCAAUCAGGGGAAGAAAACAGUCAAAGAAGUCACUGAAAUGGACUCUGUCCGCAAGUACCUGGAGGGCAGCAAUUUCAUAGCAGGGGUCCUUAUACAGCCAAGCAAUGAGAAGAUGAGCAUCUACCAGGCCAUGUGGAAGGGCAUCCUGAGGCCAGGGACAGCACUGGUGCUGCUGGAGGCACAGGCUGCCACUGGCUACAUCAUUGACCCAGAGAAAAACAAGAAGUUUUCAGUGGAGGAAGCAUUAACUGCAGGUCUAAUUGGAGGGGAGAUUUUUGAAAAGCUACUCUGUGCAGAAAGAGCCGUGACGGGCUACAACGACCCCUACACAAAAGCCCCAAUGUCCCUAUUUGAAGCUAUGAACCAAGGACUAAUUGUGAAGAGCCACGGCAUCCGCCUGCUUGAGGCCCAGAUUGCCACCGGCGGCAUCAUCGACCCUGUGCACAGCCACCGUAUCCCUGUGGAGGUGGCCUACCAGCGUGGCUACUUCAAUCAGGAGAUGAACCAGAUCCUCUCCGACCCCACUGAUGACACCAAGGGCUUCUUUGACCCCAACACCCACGAGAACCUCACCUACAUGCAGCUCCUGGAGAGAUGUGUCCAAGAUUCAGAGACGGGGUUGUACAUGCUACAAGUUGUACAGGAAGGAGGAAAGUACUUCUACAUUGAUGAGUUUACAAAACAGGUUUUGCGCUCAAAGACCCUUGAGGUAAAAGUUGGAAAAUUUAAGGACCAAACAAUCUCCAUCUGGGAAAUCCUUUGCUCUCAUUACAUCUCCGAGCAGAAAAGGAAAGAACUAGUGAUGCAGUACAAAUGCAAAACGCUCACACUGGAAGAACUUAUAGCCCUCAUCCUCAAAAUAAUUGAGGAUACAGAGCAAAGAGCAGAAGCCCUCAAGGUUAAAGGACUCCGGGGGGAUGUGUCAAUAUCAGAAUUGUUUAACUCUGAGAUAAUUGACAAGAAAACUCUAGAGCAGCUGCAGGAUGGGAGUCUCACGCUUGCCAGCCUCACAAAGAGGGACACUAUCAAAAGGUACUUGGAUGGCACUGGAUGUAUUGCUGGGGUUCUACUCCCAUCAAGGAAAGAGAAAAUGAGCAUCUACCAGGCCCUGGAGAAGGGCCUCCUCACAGAGCAAUAUGCACUGGGGCUGCUGGAGGCACAGGCUGCCACUGGUUUUCUCAUUGACCCACUGAAAAAUAAGAAGCUGUCUGUGGAUGAGGCUGUCUCGUGUGGGCUGGUGGGUAACAACUUGCACAAGAAGCUCCUGUUUGCAGAGAAAGCUGUGACAGGAUACACAGAUCCUCAUGCAGGAAAUAAAAUAUCUCUCUUCCAGGCCAUAAGGCAAAAAAUAACAGCCAAGGAGCACGGCAUCCGGCUGCUUGAGGCCCAGCUCGCCACUGGUGGCAUAAUUGACCCUGUGCACAGCCACCGCCUCCCUGUGGAGGUGGCUUACCAGCGUGGCUACUUGGAUGAUGAUAUGUUUCUCCUACUUUCUGAUCCAGAUCAUGGUAGCAAAGGUUUCAUAGAUCCAAACACUCAUGAGAAAAUCAGUUACACUCAGCUUCUACAGAGAUGCUCCAAAGACGAAGAUACUGGACUGUACCUACUGCAGGUCACGGAAAAAGAAGAUGACUAUUUCUACAUUGAUGAGCAAACAAAAAAGAACCUAUUAGCUACAAAGGUACAAGUACCUGUUGGAAAAUACAAAGGACAUGUAUUCUCACUGUGGGAACUUCUCUGUUCUGAGUACAUCACAGAAGAGAAAAGAAAAGAACUGGUGAAGAAAUAUAAAGAGGAAUCCCAUCAUAUUCUACAAGGAAUCAUUGAUACAAUACUAAAUAUUAUUAAAGAAAAAGAAGAGGACAGAAGUGACGUCUGGUUCCAAGGACUGAGACAACAAAUAACAGCAUCAGAACUUCUCAGUGCACAGAUAAUUACAAAAGAAACAAUGGCAAAACUGCAAGAAGGAAAAGAAACGGCACAAGAAAUAGCAAAAAUGGAUAAUGUGAGAAGAUACCUUGAGGGAACGGGAAGCAUUGCGGGCAUGCUGGUGCCCUCCAAGGCCGACCCCGCCAAGAUGGAGAAGAAGAGCAUCUACCAGGCCAUGUGGAAGGGCAUCCUGAGACCAGGGACAGCAUUGGUGCUGCUGGAGGCACAGGCUGCCACCGGCUUCAUCAUUGACCCGCUCACCAACAAGAAGCUCUCCGUGGACGAGGCCGUCUCGUCCGGCCUGGUGGGCAGCGAGCUACAAAAAAAACUACUUUCGGCAGAGAGAGCUGUGACGGGCUACACCGACCCCUGGACAGGACAAAAGAUGUCCCUCUUCCAGGCCAUGAAGAAGGAGCUCAUCGUCAAGGAGCACGGCAUCCGCCUGCUCGAGGCCCAGAUCGCCACCGGCGGCAUCAUCGACCCCGUGCACAGCCACCGCCUCCCAGUGGAGGUGGCCUACCGGCGUGGCUAC